AUGCGCCGCAUUCGCCCACUCGACGAGGCCGUGGCAAAUCAGUACUGCACGAACCUCGUAGUCAAUAGCCGCUACACGGCGCAGAACUUCAUCUUCAAGAACCUCUACGAGCAGUUCAGCCGCCCUCUCAACUUGUACUUUUUGGUCGUGGCCUUACUACAGUUCGUUUCGGUCAUCGCGCCGGUAAACCCGCUGUCCACGCUGCUACCACUCCUUUUCGCUUUUACGCUGACCGCCGUGAAGGAAGGCUACGAUGACGUGAAGCGGCACCAACAGGACCACAAAUACAACCACACGCUUCGAAGGGUGCUUGACGCCGAGAAUGUGGCCUGGGUUUCGCGCAUCAACGCCGACAUUCGCGUCGGCGAUGUGCUGCUGCUGCGCGAGGACGAGGAAAUUCCAUGCGACGUUGUCGUCCUCGGCGCGACGUCGGCCGUGUACAUCCGCACGGACAACUUGGAUGGCGAGAUUGACCUGAAGCCGAAGGAGACCCUUCAGUUCACUACGGUUGACCCAGGCAGUCUCUCGCGGCGCACAAGCGCGGUUUGCGAGGUCAGUUCGCAGACGGAGCCGCCUCCAGCCGUGAAUGUCAUUUCGGCCUUGACGAGCGUGAGCCUAGAGUGUCCUCCAGCGUCAGCGAUCAUGGACUCUUUUGAAGGCUGCGCUGACCUUCAACUCAGUCCCCAGGCGACCGUCUCUUGUGCAGGUGCCCCGUCGGGGCGAGUGCCCCUCACCCAUCACCAUCUCCUCCCCCAGUCGUGCGUCCUGAAAAACGUUGCGCAGGCGGUGUGCGUCGCAGUGUACACGGGCGAUGACACUAAGUCUGGCAUGAACAAGCGCGAGGCGCCUGUGAAGUGGGCGCAAAUCGACAAGGACGUCAGCCGUUACUCUGCUUGCAUUUUUGUGUGCCAGAUACUGAACGCCCUCGUCUUUGGCGUCAUGGGGUUUGUGAAGAACGGAAGCGUGCACGACAUGGCCUGGUACCUGCCGCUGCCAGUGAGCGAGGCGAGCGGGUCGGCUGUCAUAUACCCGCUGCGCUUCUUUCUGCUGACGACGGUCAUGAUUCCCGUCUCCUUCAAGUUUGUCGUGGAUGUGUGCAAGUACUACAUGGCGAGAGCGGUCGAAUGGGACGUCUCGAUGAUGCAUACGGCCCCAGCGACAGCGGGGGCGCGGCGGUCAGGCCGGUCGCAGCAGAUUGGGUGCAAGGUGAAGAACUCCAGUAUUCUCGAGGACCUCGGUCAGAUCGACUACGUCCUGUCCGACAAGACUGGCACCCUCACGCAGAAUGUGAUGGAGCUAGACGCCGUCACCGUCUGCCCUGGCCACCAUAUCUCUGUUUCCAAGAUAGAAGCCACAUGCACGAGUAUGCCAGAGGAGCUGAAGAAGCAGGGCACCGCCACGCUUGUGACAGUGCGGCGAUUCGCGCAGAUGGUCGCCUUGUGCAACACCGUAGAAGUCGUGCAUCCCCAAGCAUCUUCGGGCAACGACCCGAGUGGCGCGGCGAUCGCCUACCACGCCGCGUCUCCAGACGAGGUUGCUCUUUGCGCGGGGAUGCGCAAGUUGGGGGUCUCACUGGUAUACCGCAGCGAGCAUCGCGCCGUGCUUCGCAUGGGCCGCGGAGAGGACAGGAGCAGCACCGGGGCAGCAGCUGCAGUGGGGGCUUGCAUCCACGGUGACAGCAGUGUAUCCGUUGCAGGGGCAGACAACGAUGACGAGGAGGAGCUGACGUGGACGGUGCACCACACCUUCCACUUCUCCUCUGAGAGGAGGACGAUGGGGGUCGUUGUGGAAGAGUCCGGCUCUGGUCGAAUUUGGUUUAUUGUGAAAGGCGCCGACGAUCGUGUGAUGGAGAUGGCCUCAGCAGGGCCGUCAUCCUCGGCCGCCUCGGCGCACCCCCCAAAACCUCCUCUCCAUCCGGAGUGCGCGGCGAAGCUGUCUCUCUACGCCCACCGCGGUUUCCGUACCCUCCUCGUCGCGUGCAAGGAACUCACACGGGCGGAUCUGAGUGUCUUCCUGCGCAACAUCGCGGAGGCGAGCUGUUUGACCGAGGGCCGGCAGGCACACCUCGACGCGCUGCGUGCGCAGAUGGAGUCUGGCGUGACCAUUAUCGGCAUCACAGCCAUCGAGGACAAGUUGCAGGAUGAUGUGGGGGAGACGAUUAGCGACAUGCUCAUCGCCGGCAUCAAGGUUUGGAUGCUGACAGGGGACAAGAUGGAGACGGCAGAGCAGAUCGGGCUGUCGUGCGGUCUUUACCGUGCAAGUGACAUGGUCAUUCGCAUUAGCCAGACGCAGCCUGCCACGGACCUCGGCAGAGACGCCUGCAAGCGGGGCGGUGCGGCGACCAAUGCGAGAAGCUGGAGCGAGGAGCUGCUCACCUUCCCGAUGGAGCGACUGCCUCCCCCACCAUCCUGGCAGUCGCGACGGAGCAGCGCUGCAUGCGAGUUCGUGUCUGCGUCUGCGGCGCAGAUGUGCGGCAAGGCGCUGGAAACGCGCGUGCUUGGCUUUGACGUGAGCGACUCGUCUCAGCUCUCGAACAGGCCGUUGCGCGCAAUGGCGCAGGCAGGUGACAGUGUCGCGGAGGCAACCGGGAGCGACGCGGGUGGCGGUGCAUUUGUGAGCGGCGGCCCCGAGCGUAUCGCCGUCUUAGUUGUGGAAGGUGGUACUGUACUGGAGACCAUCCUACAAGACCCAACACUGCGGGCACGCUUCCGCGAGAUAUCCAGCCGCUGCAGCAGCGUCAUCUGCGCGCGCUCGAACCCGAGCCAGAAGGCCGCCAUCGUCCGGUUUGUGCGCGGCGGCGGCUUCAUGACGCUGUCCGUCGGCGACGGUGGGAACGAUGUCGCGAUGCUGCAGGAGGCACAUGUGGGCGUGGGGAUUGCGGGCAAGGAGGGGCAGCAGGCGGCCCGUGCCGCAGAUUUCUCCAUUACGCAGUUCUCCGACCUGCGUCCGCUGCUGUUUGUGCACGGGCAGCAGGCGUACACCCGAAGCGCAUACGUGAUCAAGUACAGCUUCUACAAGUCGAUGCUGAUUUCGUUCAUUCAGCUGGUCUACAACGUAAUUGGCACGCACGUAUCUGGUGGUACCUUCUGGAACAGCUUCUCCCUUACCAUGUGGAACGGCUUCUAUACGCUGCCACAGACGAUCUUCUACUGCUUCGACCGCUGUGCGUCGCGCGUAGUGCUGGAGCGAAAUCCGUACCUGUACAAGAUGACGCGGCACGCUGUCGACAUACGCCCGGGCGAGUUUUUUGGGUCUUUUGUAGUCCGUGGCGUGUUGCAGUCUGUUGGGCUGCUUUGGCUAAGUACGCGGUUGUACGGGCCCGACUUCGCGUACGCCGACAGCGGUGGUACGGCGUCCAAUGACGUGACGUUCAGCGUCUCCUACACGGCCCUGAUGCUGUCGCAGGUGUACACCAUGUGGUGGGAGUCGCACGCCGUUACCCCGCUGAACCUCCUCAUGCUUCUUGGUAUGCCGCUCUUCUACGUGUACUCUACGAGUGUCUAUAGUGACAGCCCAGCACUUCAGUACUUUGGUGUGUUUCGCAAGUCACUCGACACCGCCGGAAUCCUUUCGGCGUUUGGUGUCUCAGUGGCACUCGUGGUACCAAGCAUAAUCUACUUCACGGUGAUGGUCUUUCAGACGCCUAACCCGCGCGAUGUUCUGCGCCAAGCUGAGAUUCGUCGUCAGCGGCUGCUGCUGAAGAGGCGUGACUACAAGCGCAUGCAGCCGUUGUGGGUGCGCUGGUUUGGGGCCACGCCAGAGGACUCCUCCAUGCUGUGUAGCCGAUACUACACUGCGCAAAACAUGGACAACGACGAUGGAGGAGACGGCAUGAUUUGA